GGAAGGCAGAAGGCCCAGAGCUCUGGCAGUUGAAAGCCUCAUGGAGGACAAGCAAGCAGGACCCCAGAAGGAAUAAAAAUAAGAAUUCACCACUCAAGAGGUCUCCUGAUAGUGUAAUUAUUGUGACUGCUAAAAAUCAGAAUCAUCUAAAGAAUCAGUAAGCAUGGCCUUCACAGCCCAUAGUUGGAAGAGCAACGAAAGAUCUUUCCCACUGGCAGCUCUUCUGAGGCCACAGGUGCCCCGUGGCAAUUACCUGCACCUUCUGGAAGAGAAACAAAGACUGCAGCUGAAGAAAUUCCUCCUUCACAGGAUGUUUCUGGUGGCCAACAUACAAGCGAACAUGGAGAAAAAAGAAAUUGCUGAGUACCAUGAUCAGGUGUUUCAGUCGAUCUUGAAACAUCACCUAGGCGAGGCCGUGACAGGGUUAUUGCUCAUCUACCCCACUUCCGUGCUGCAUAUCCUCGAAUCCUCCAGCGGAACUCUUCACCAAAUCCUCUUAGAUUAUUUCAACCAUGAAAGGGGUGAAACAGAAUUUUGGGUUCAAAAAAUGAAAAUUGUAGUCAUUUCUCACAACAUCCCCACGAGACUCUUCAUGCAGUGGUGUGUUUCGGUGGUGAAAGUGCCAGUCCUGUAUCUUGACGACAUGACACAGUCCCAGUCUCUGGAAGAGGUCGUCACGGAUUUUUUCAUCCAGACUCAUAAGCUGGCACUCUACCUUUUUAAGACUGUCAAAGUGGGCACUAAAGGACCAGGUGAUAGCUUGUACCAGACUGCGCCUGACCUGCUCCCCCCAGAACAGAUCAUAAAGUAUCUCUGCAAAUCUGAAGAAUUCAUGGACCCGGCAACAUUCCUAAACAUGUACGACAAACCCAUGUAUAUCACCUCGGAUUCUGAGCUCGUGUGGCCCGCUCCCUCCAGCUUCUAGGAUACAAAGAGAUAGUAUAGUCAGGUCUCUCAAGGG